ACGUCACCCGUUAACUGUAGCGAGGUCGGCUCCUGUAAAUAAUAAAUCUCACAUAUGCAGCCGUACACCGCCUUAUUCUUACGUGUUUUUGAAACGCCAAAACUAUUUCUUUAAAUGUUAUUUGUGCACUUUAGUGAGGAGCAGUGGCCUGCCUGCCAGCUGGCUCCUAAACAGUUGGCUAGGCGACUUUAGCCUGAUAUUUAGCUAGUCCGGACGCUACCAUUACCUAGCUAUUGAGCUAAUCAGAGGUUAUUACAGGAAUAUACAUCGUCUAUUGGCGUCCCUGUGUACUAAGGAUGGAAGUAUGAAAUGACAGCCUUUUUUGGCCAAUAGGUGACUCGACACACAUAAAAGGCCCCCCGGUCAAGCUCGCCUUGGCACUGGUCCUGCUGCUUACCAUGCAGCCAUGAGCUCUGCCCUGUGGAACCAGGAUAGGUCUGGUGGGGGCUUCAGGGAAGACUGGCGCUUCUACAUGGUCAUAAAAGAAUGUACUGUGGAGAAGCCUGCACAGAAGACCCUGAGGAUCCCCCGUGGUAGCCUGGGCCAGGCCUGUCAGGAGCGUAACAGCCUGGGACGAACUCUCCCUCCAUGCAAGGGCAAGAAAAGCCUCCGCAUCCUGGACCAGACCAACGUGGUCCUCAGCCUGGAUGAGCGGGAUGUGUUGGAGCUGGAGGAGAAGCUGGCUGAGCUGCUGUUCCCCAUUACCAACUGCGAGGAGCGGUACGCCCUGCUGUGCGACGAGUCGCGCCUGCAGCGGGUACGUGACAUCGAUUGUGGUUCCAAGGUGCGUGUCCAGCUGCGGUCAGGGGAUGAGCCUCUGCCAGGGGUGGUUCGCUUCAAAGGCUCACUGCUGCCAGACAGAGCCCUGUCGGGAAUCUGGUUUGGAGUGGAACUACUGGAGGAGGGUCGAGGCCAGGGCUUCACGGAGGGCUCCUACCAGGGUCGCCAGCUUUUUCGCUGCGAGGAAGAGUGCGGCGUGUUUGUGGCUCUGGACAAGCUUGAACUCUGGGAGGACGAUGACGAUGAAACAGUGGGGGAGCUGGAGGUGGAUCACCUCAGCCUGGUGGAAGACGAUCAGGACUUUCCUCCUCUGGAGAUUAACUCCAGGGUUGUGGUGCAGACCAGAGAGGGACCAGAGAGGGGCACCAUCAUUUUUUGUGGCCUGCUACCCAGCAAUGAGAGCUUAGGAUACUAUGUAGGAGUUGACAUGGAUAAUCCUAUCGGGGACUGGGAUGGUAUGUUUCACGGGAAGCUGUUGUGUAACUUUGCCAGUUUGGAACACACUCGACUUGUCCCCAUCUGUGACGUAAUGCCAGAAUAUUCCAUGCAGGACCAAAGGCUGCCGAGGCACAGUUUUGCCCUCGGAGGCACCAACAGUGACAAGUCAUCCUCUGGCCCCAACAAACCAAAUAAAAAAGGAUUAAGUCAUCAAACUGGAAGUAGAAGCAAGUCUGAAUUUUACUAUACUUUAAAUGGCAGCUCUCUUGACCCGCCAUCCCAGUCCAAAUCCAAAAGCACAUGGUACAUUGAUGAAGUUGGAGAGGACCCUGCCAAGUCACUCACCGAGACCCCCCCUGACUUCAACCAGUCCUCCCCGCCCCCCAGAGCCCCACUUUCCUCUUCACUCUCCACCGAUAACAAGUUCCACUCGCUGCCCUUCAGCCUGAACCGCAAGCCGGGGCCCGCCGACAGCAUAAGCCCCGGUCCGCUCUCCCUCUCUGUCCAGUCAGUGAUGGGAGAGCAGCCCGAACCCCCGACAGCUCCGGCCGCCCCGCCUUCUCCACGGCCUUCAACGCCUCCUCGAGGACAGCCCGGUCUGGAGGUGGGCUCUCUGGUGGAGGUGAAGGAGAACCCCCCUCUGUGUGGCGUGAUCCGCUGGGUGGGUCUGCCCCCUGGUCUGCUGGAGCCCUUGGCGGGGCUGGAACUGGAAGAAGAGUGCCCCGGCUGCACUGACGGCACCUUCAAAGGUACCCGGUAUUUCACCUGCCCCCCUAAGAAAGCUCUGUUUGUCAAGCUCAAGUGCUGUCGGCCCGACUCCCGCUUCCCGUCCCUGCACCACUCCCCCAACCCCAUAGAGCGAUGCAACUCAAUCGCAUUUGGAGGUUACCUGAGCGAGGUCGUUCACGAGAACACGCCUCCACGCACAGAAAACGAUGGCCUGGAUGUAAUGGUGGGGAAAAAGAAGGGCAUCCAGGGUCAUUACAACUCCUGCUACCUAGAUUCGACCCUCUUCUGUCUCUUCUCCUUCAGUUCGGUUUUGGACACGGUUCUACUGAGGCCACAAUCAAAGACUGAUGUGGAGUAUUACAGGGAGACCCAGGAGCUGCUACGCACUGAGAUAGUGAACCCCCUACGCAUACACGGUUAUGUUUGUGCCACAAAAGUGAUGAAGCUGAGGAGGAUUCUAGAAAAAGUGGAGGCAGCUUCUGGAUUUACCUCUGAAGAAAAAGAUCCUGAAGAGUUCCUUAACAUUCUUUUCCACCACAUAUUAAGAGUGGAUCCACUGCUUAAGCUAAGAUCAGCAGGCCAGAAGGUCCAGGACUGUUACUUUUACCAGAUCUUCAUGGACAAGAAGGACAAGGUUGGAGUUCCAACCAUCCAGCAGCUUCUAGAAUGGUCCUUCAUCAACAGCGAUCUCAAGUUUGCAGAGGCUCCCUCCUGCCUUAUCAUCCAGAUGCCCCGCUUUGGCAAGGACUUCAAAAUGUUCAACAAGAUUUUUCCUUCCUUAGAGUUGGACAUCACGGAUCUCCUUGAAGACACUCCCAGGGAAUGUCGUAUCUGUGGAGGCCUGGCGUUCUACGAGUGCAGAGACUGUUAUGAAGAUGGGGACAUCACUGCUGGCAAGAUUAAGCAGUUCUGUGAAAAGUGUAAUACACAGGUUCACCUCCACCCAAAGAGGAAAGCCCAUCGACACGGCAAACUGUCCGUCCCCAAGGAGCUGCAAGAGGGCAUGGGGCGUCAGGGCGGCUUUCCCCGCCAGAGGAUGGAGCUGUUCGCUGUGCUAUGCAUCGAGACCAGUCACUACGUGGCCUUCGUCAAGUACGGCAACGCAGACUCCGCCUGGCUCUUCUUCGACAGUAUGGCCGACCGUGACGGGGGGCAGAAUGGUUUCAACAUCCCGCAGGUGUCUCCCUGCCCCGAGGUGGAGACGUACCUGAAAAUGACUCCGGAAGAACUGCACACUCUCGACCCCAAGAGCAUCCAGGGGCAGGCGCGCCGCCUGCUCUGCGACGCCUACAUGUGCAUGUACCAGAGUCCAACCAUGAGCCUGUACAAGUAACACUCUGCUCCCUCCACCUUUUUACCCAUCAUCCCCCUCGCCACUCAGCCUCCAUCUCCUCCCCCAGGCCAGGAGAUUCAGAGAGACCAAAAAAAGAGCGAAAACUAAUAGAAGAAGAGCCGCCUGCUAUCGGGGUGGGGGCCACGGUCCACGAAAAAAAACCCUCCUAACCUCACCUCUCCUCCAUGCCUUCUCGUUUUUGAAGGCUGGGAAGAUGGAAAAGAGCGGGAGACGCCUAUUUGCACUGUGCAUUAGUUGAAGUGUUGUUUCUCUUCAUGUAGUCCUAUGUAGCUUUCUGGUGGAAGCUGAGCAUCGCCGGGUGUUAACAAAACAAAAGGGGGAUCGGCAUUAUGAGGAUUCACUCCCUGUGUGGGGAGGCAGGAGACGUGCAUCAUGGGAGGACCUCGCUCACCUCAUUUACCUUAAGAGAAAAAGGGAGACCUGUUAUUCUUAAUCACUCUUCAUCGACGGGAGUUUCACAUUAAGGAAGCGACAUCGUGUGCAAACCUCCACGUGUUUGUGCUGUUAAUCUGUAAAAUUCUCUUUAAGUAGCAUAGAUAUCUCCGGACCGUAACAUCAACAAUGUAGAUGUCAACUAGCUGUGCAGUCGCAUUUCUUCUACGUCUUCAUCACGCUGCGUAAACGUCCUUACAGUGUGUGUUUUGCAGAACGAGGUGUGGCCAUUGUAAAAGUCUCACAUCAGCGUUUUUACUCCCUCACCUGUAAGUGUCCAUCUCAGUCAUGUCUGCCCCUCCCCUCCUGGACGGCUAGAUAAAAAAGCAUGACGAGAGACUUGUACAAUGGCUUCUGCAGUCAACGCUGGAGCGCUCCGUGCAUUCAUAGGGUCAAUGAGGUGAAAAACUGCAAAAGCCGUGUUUCUUUAAAGAGUGUGAGGAAAUGCAGUGUCGUGCUCAUUCUGUUAAUGAGAAAAUCUAAAUUAUGUUUUUCUGUUUACAAAGCCGUUUUUUUUUUCUUUUUUUUUUCUUUCUGCCUGUCCUGGCAGGACUGAUUUCCAACAGAAGCAAGUAUCGACCCUCCGCUGCCUUUUAUCAAAGCGUGACAGUUUUUACAGCUUGGCGUCCGACAGCAAAACAGAUCAAAUAUUAUUUAUUACGCUCUCAUCAUGUCACCGAUUAUACCAGUUCAAUAAUAGUGACAAAAACAGGGUCAGUGAUACUGCUACGUUUGGGUAUAUCUUGUCCUUCACUGUAUAUUUAAGUGAGUAUUAAACUUUAUGUUGUCCUACAACAACUACUGAAUGUUCCUGGAGACACAAUGAAGAGGCACAAGGGGGGAGACCUUUGGGCAUCAAAUAUAUAUUUACAAAUACAUGUGUAUUUAAAGAGGUUUUAUAGAAAAAAACGGAAAUUUUGAUUCCAGUUUGCCACAGUAAGAAAUUGAUCGGACGAAAUUGUAUUUAUAUACGCAAACACUUGAAGACUUGAGCAGAGCGGUGAAGGCGAUUUCUAAACGACUGAAGGGUUUGGGCCGCUCGGCUCCACAGCUGCAGAACUUUUCCAGUGCCGCUGACCGGAGCACGAGUCCCCCAACGCAGAAGAGACUUGGUUUAUGUUUUUUCUGUUGCAUCUGUACAGUGUAGAUGUAUAUGUAACGAAUGGAACAUUAAUGUCAGUGAUGUUCUUGUAAAUGUUAACAAAAUAAAGUUUGUUUUGAAGGGUGCACUUUA